AUGGAGUCUGGGAGGCUGGAGACCUCCGCCAGCCUGAAGCUUGAGGGCGGAAGAAGUUGGCUGCGUGAUAUUCAUGACUCCUCCGCAUUGCUGGGCGCCAUCCUGGCCGUCGUUCACCCAACACUAUAUGCUGCAGGACGCCAGUGCUUGGGUUUGAUCCAGCAAGACCCAGAAUUGCGAGAGAUGGCGCUGAACUGGUCGUCGCCAUUCAAUGCGCUCCAGGUGAUCGCCAACCGGGAAACUCCUUUCCACCGAGAUAGCAAGACAAGAUACACAUUCUACGACCUGUUGGCAACGUUGGGCAACUACACUUGCGCGUGGUUGAAGUUCCCCGCCAUGCGUGUCGCCAUCGAUUAUAGUCCUGGAACUGUCAUAGCCUUCUGUGGAAAGGCGAUUCAUCAUGGCAUCACUCGAGCAGAUGGCGAAAGGCUCGUCUAUGCAUACUUCAUGCGAGAGGAUGUCCAGAACAGGCUAGGCAUUCCAGUACCCCACUGGAUGCAAGCUUCAUAUUACGCCUCACACAUUGGCAUGUGCACAGUUUAUCACCGAAGGGACAUCAUGCCAAAGACUGAUGGAGACGAGAACACUAUGCAGGGGAUGGAGACUGUCGAUGGCAGCUUCAUUGGCGGGACAAAGUUGGCGGAGGUGAUGGCGAAAUGUAUGGAGUCACAAAUUUCCGAAUCCUAG